AUGCUUCGUAUGUACAUAAUAUCUCGCCGGAAUAUCCGCCUCCCCAACCUCCGCCGCGCCUUAUCUUCCUCCGGACGAAAUUCAGAAAACUCCACCGAUGCCCUGAACAAUCUGAAGAAUUCCCAAAAUGCCCCUCUUCCUCCAGCCGUGCACCACCAGAAUCAUCAUCCUUCCCCUCUAUCUUCCUCCUCCUCUUUGCUGUCCAAAACUUCCAUACUGGCGGCCCUCUCCGCCACCCUGCUGGUUGUUUCCUGCACACUUAUUCCCACCCAAGAUGACACCGUUUCGGGACCCAGUAACAGGAAGUCUUAUUUAUUGUACAAAGAAAUUGAAAAUGUCAUUGAAAAGUCAAAUGAAUCGUUUAAUAAGAUUUUGAAUAGAAUGAAGCAGACGGGGGCAGCGGCGUCGGUGCUCUGCCAGUCUUUAAGGUCGGUUAUGUCAUCUGCCAACCACGAGGUUCGGGCAGGGUUCGAGCUUCGGGUGGCAGCUUUGUUGGCCGACAUUGUGGCUGCUAGCGAGAACAGGAGAGCGGCCAUUGUUGAGGCAGGUGGGGGUAAGGUGGUGGAUUGGCUGUUGGAGACAGUGGCCAUGCCCAAAGAGGGGAAUGGGACGCAGGCCGAGUCUGCGAGGGCAUUAGCGUACUUAAUUGCGGAUGCCAAUGUGAACGAGGCCGUCUUUGCACGGCCUGAUGCUGUUCCGAAUUUGUUGAGGUUUAUUUUCUCUGCUCAACCUCAACGAUUAAAGAAACAGUCCACACGUAGUUCAUUCGAUGUUUCUGAUUCAUUGAAAGGCAGGAGCAUGCUUGUAGCAGCAAUUAUGGAUGUUGUCACUUCCAACUGUGACAGCGUGGAAAAGUUAUCUGUUAAGCCCUUGCUACCAAAAGAUGCUAAAAUGAGAGAUAUUGCAGCAGCUAUUGAAGUAAUUGAGGAGGGUGGAAUGAAUUGGGAUGAGCAACACGGGGAUGAAGAUGAUGAUAAUGGUGAUCAAGGAAUGAAGGGUAUUGGAAUCAAGGUUCUUGGAGGUACCACAGUUUUAGGGCUUUCACAAACUAGUGGGUUUGUAGAGAUGGAGCAUUCUGAUGCCCAUCACUCAAGAACAGAGAAAAGUGCGCCAAAGAAUCUCUUGUUUAACAAAAUAAAAGAAAAAUUUCCAGCUCAAGCAAAUCUAUCUUCUGCAGUUGUUCCUGGCCUUUGGGAUGAUUUGCAUUCUGAACAUGUGGCUGUUCCAUUUGCUGCAUGGGCCCUAGCAAACUGGGCAAUGGCAUCUGAUGUUAAUCGUUCUCAUAUUCAAGAACUGGAUCAGGAUGGACAUGCAGUCAUGAGUGCUUUGAUGGCACCUGAGAGAUCAGUAAAAUGGCAUGGGAGUUUGGUAGCUCGGUUGCUCUUAGAGGAUCGCAAUCUGCCAUUAAAUGAUUCUGUUUCUGAUUGGAGUUCUAGUCUUCUUAACACUAUUUCUCAUGCAAGCAAAACUCAGGACAUAACUUUGGCUCAAGUGGCUUUGUCCACGUUACUGGUUUCUAUUGAGAGAAGCCCCAAAUCACGGGAAGUUUUAAUGAACAGGGGUCUUCAUUUGAUGAGAGAAAGUGCUAAACAAACAUUGAAGCAUAAACCUGUCCAAGAAUUGCUGGCAAAAGCUUUGGAAUUAAUUUGUUCCGGGGAACUGCAUAUGUCUCUUGAAGAGAGUCAAAAAUGGUCAGCCAUUCUGCUUCCUUGGGUAUUUGAAAAGUUCAGCUCUGACACAAUCCGUUCUUCAGCAAUAAAUAUCCUUUCACAUAUUCUUGACGAUUAUGGGCCAUCCUCCGUACUGAUAUCUCAAGCAUGGUUAACUAUGUUGUUAACAGAUGCUCUAAGCUGCAGGAAGACAUCCUUAACAAAAGGAAAUGCUCAGCUUACAAGUGAUAAAGUGAAGACACAAAUUGAGCAGUCAAAUGUUGUUUCUGCCACCCAGACUACAAAUCAGUUGGCAAGUGCUGUUGUUGAUUUAGCAGGAACACAAUUGGGGACAACUACUGACAGUGAUGAUACAUUUCCAUUAGCUGAUCUUCUCUCACGUGAACCUUUUGCAGGACCAUUUAAGUAUCUUAAGAAAGACAAAGCACCAAAGAUUAGUGCUGCAGAUUCUGCAUUGGCCACUCUAAAAGGGAUUAAAGCACUGACGGAAAUAUGUGCUGAAGAUUUUCUCUGUCAAAACAAAAUAGCUGACUUUGGAGUCCUGUGUUUACUUAGACGCCUUUUGUUGGAAGAUGAUUAUGAGCAACUAGCUGCAAUUGAAGCAUAUGAUGCAUCAAAAGCCCUGGAAGCACAGGAUCCAGUGCCAUCUGCCCCUGGUGAGUCAGCUGGGGUUGACACUAUUGGUCCAUCCAAUUUACGAGUUCCUGCUACUGCUCACAUUCGUAGACACGUAGCUAGGCUUCUAACAGUUCUUUCAGUUCUUCCAAAGGUCCAGAAAGAAAUUGUAGCAGAUGAAUAUUUGUGUAAAUGGCUUGAGAAAUGUGCUAAAGGGCAGAUUCUGGGUUGCACUGACCUUAAAAUUCAGAGUUAUGCCAGGGCAACAUUAUUAAAUGUAUUUUGUUGUAAUGAAGCUGGUAAAAAUCCUGAAAAUGACGAUGUUCCUGAUGGGAGUUCUUUGAACAAAAAGAAUACUUGCAAUCACUAUGCUGACAUCAUAUUUUUAAUUAAUCCUGAAUUGCCACAUUGGAAGUGUAUGGAAAAAAGAACUCCAGCCUCUCCUGAUAAAUCAUCUCCAGGUGAUGAUGAUUUUGCUGAGAGGGAGCAUGAAGCUUUGGGUGCUGAUUGCUCUCCUGCUUCAACAUCUGGAUUUAAAAGCAACUCAGAUAUGGAGUUUCCUCCACUGGAUAUUGUCUUUGUCCAUGGUCUGCGUGGUGGUCCCUUCAAAUCUUGGCGGUUAUCUGAGGACAAGUCAUCAACAAAGUCUGGCCUUGUAGAGAAGAUUGAUGAAGAAGCUGGGAAACAAGGAACAUUUUGGCCUGGGGAAUGGCUUUCAGCUGACUUUACUCAUGCCCGCUUGUUUAGUCUCAAACACAAGACAAAUCUUACUCAGUGGUCUGGAGCAAGUCUACCUCUACAGGAAGUAAGCUCCAUGCUGUUAGAGAAACUUGUUGAUGCGGGCAUUGGUGAUCGGCCUGUUGUCUUUGUAACACAUAGCAUGGGAGGCCUGGUUGUCAAGCAGAUGUUGUAUCAAGCAAAAGCAGAAAACAAGAGUAACUUUGUUAACAAUACUGUAGGAGUUGUAUUCUAUAGCUGUCCACAUUUUGGCAGCAAACUUGCGGAUAUGCCUUGGCGCAUGGGUCUUGUGUUACGCCCCGCACCUUCUAUAGGAGAACUGAGAAGUGGAUCGCCUAGGUUGGUGGAGCUUAAUGAUUUAGUCCGUCGUCUUCACGAGAAAAAGAUGCUUGAGGUUCUCAGUUUUUGUGAGACCAAGGUAACUCCAAUUGUGGAAGGCUAUGGAGGUUGGGCUUUUCGAAUGGAGAUUGUACCCAUGGAAUCAGCAUAUCCUGGAUUUGGUCAACUUGUUGUGUUGGAUUCAACAGACCAUUUGGAGGCUGUCCCUAGUCUGGGAGUUGGAGGCCCCCAUUCUUCUAGAUACGAUAUUAAAGAGACCCUUACGAAUGUAGAGUUCCAGAUGCGAUGCUGCUCACCACUCCUCGAGGCCAAGGACCCGGUCGAACCGUCAUACCAGGAUUUGCAAUCCGAUACAUUACCUGCUGCUACCUCAGCUGCCAAAGUGAAACGAUUGUUCUUCCUUCUUUGGCCUGGACCUUACUUUUAG